GUAAAUAUAAUCGAUCGUCAUCGAACUACCGGAACACGCAGCAUGUGAUGGUGGCUGCCUGCAACACCGCGGUGAUGAUUUUGCUAACUGGUAGAUAACCUGCAACAACGCGAAAAUGACAGACUACGCUGAAGAGCAAAAAAAUGAACUGGAAGCAAUUGAGUCUAUAUAUCCAGACUCUUUUACAGUGCUUUCAGAGGACCCCAUCAGCUUCACUAUCACUGUAACGUCAGACGCGGGGGAAAAUGGUGAAACUGUGGAAGCAACUUUAAAGUUUACGUAUGUUGAAAAAUACCCAGAUGAACCACCACUUUGGGAGGUCCACUCCCAAGAGAACCUGGAAAACAAUGAUAUGGAUGACGUCCUCACACUACUGCAGCAACAGGCAGAAGAAAAUCUGGGAAUGGUGAUGAUUUUUACCCUGGUCACAGCCGUGCAGGAGAAACUCAAUGAAAUUGUCGACCUGAUGAAGAACAGACGAGAAGAAGAGAAACGGCGGAAAGAGAAGGAGGCGGAGGAAGCAGAGAAGGUGGCGUUCCAGGGCACAGUGGUAACAAUUGAGAACUUCCUGGCAUGGAAGGCCAAGUUCGAACUCGAAGUGGCUGAAAUACGGAGGAAAAAACAGAAGGAAGAGGAGCAAUCGGGCAAAGCAAAACUCACUGGCAAACAACUGUUUGAGACGGACCGUAAUCUGGACACAUCAGACAUCCAGUUCCUCGAAGAUGCUGGAAACAAUGUUGAAGUGGAUGAAUCGUUGUUCCAGGACAUCGAGGACUUGGAUUUGGAGGAUGACGACCCUGACUUUGACCCUUUAGAGAUGGGCAGUGAUGAGGACUAAAGCUGUAGUACCAUAAAAGGCUGCAGGCGACUGACAGAAGCACCAUUUCUCUUGUCUGGAAUAAUGAUUAAUUGACCAGAAAUCUGAGGAGGAUCCAAUGCUAAGACACUAACAGCAGUUAGAGAGGCAAUCUUUGUCAAAGCAUCGUUAAUUUCCUCCCGUUAAAAUAUGUGCUGUAUGACCGCUUGACUUCUGGUCCUAUCCAAAAGGGUGAACUAUAAUCUUAAGUAUGGCCAUGUAGUUUAUACCGGUAGUGCACAUAUGUAUUCACUGAAUUCCAAAUCGAAAACAAAAAAAGCAAAGCUACUCCAUUGGACAAGUGUUCAUCUGAAGUACCGGUAUUCCAGUUUUGUGGAAAUAGCUGGAGCUUAUCUUAAAUCAACUUCAUGUGUUAUGAAUAACACAAGUUGAAUCUCAUUUUAUUGGAAAAAUCAUCUUUUUACAUUUUUUUUGUCAACUUUCUGCUGCUCAGCUCAUUUCGGGGCCAUCCAUGCAGAGAUCAGGAGAUUCUUAUGAUUUGAAAUCCUCACUUAUCGGGACUUUCGGCUCAUCGGUAGUUGCCACAUAAUUUGCUUACGUCAUCUAAGGUUUCAUAGUUUUGUUGAUCCAACGUCAUCAAGGGUGGGCUCGGCCAGUUGGGUUGAGAGCAUCUCAGUUUAUUUUAAACUGUUAAUGAUCUUUCAAUUUCCUCUUGCCCAAAAUUAUACCAUAUAAACGUAUAAAAUAAUUCAGUCUUCAUUUUUUUUCUUAUAGCAAUAGUAUAUCAGUCACAAAUGCAUAAAUAAAAAAAGUUAUAAAUGUG